AUGACACCCUCAUUUGCAGCGGUAGCAGCAACACGAUUGGGUGUCGGCCUCAUCUACGGCAUCGUGAACGUCAUCCUCCCCAUCCGCCUCCUCAUCUGGGACCUCGCACUCUGCACAACAGACCGUGUGGUACCAGAAGGCCGGGCGAGGGUGGGCUCUGGCCAUGGUUCAUCCUCCGAAAGACACGGACAGCCGGAGCUGCUGCCCGAUGCUGAAUGCCAUGGCGAGCCACGAGCUUCGGCGCGGCCAGGCAUCAUCCCUCGGAACGGGUGCAACAUCACCUUCCCCGGACUCAACACCAAAUGCCGGGAGAUGUUCAACUUCUCGCCGACCUUCUGUUUCUUUCUGACACGCGGGUUCCACAACCCCGACCAGCCAAAACCCACACCGCACCUCCGAAUCAAGGAGCUCUUCGAGAGCGGGACAGGCCCGGGCAGAGACAUCGCCGCGAGCAACCUUUUGCGCAUGCUCGGCAAACAGCACGUCCAGUCCAAGGCCAGCAACGGCCAGUACAGCGAGGAGAUGGUUCACAAGCUCUUCGGUGCCUCCAACUCGACCCUGCUGACGAUCUGCGGCGGGCGGGUGACUGUAUCCCUUCCUCCUCGAGGAGCACAUACCGGACGUGUGGCAGCCGCAUAUCGGGGACCCCGGUGGUCCCACCACGAUGACGUCCCUAUCAAGCAGGAGGUCGAGGACGCCCUCCGGCCCUUGCGUGUAGGCAGCAUCCACGAAUAUGCCAAAAGAAAAUGUCGCAUACCGCACGGCACAUGGCACGGCAUCAGCGAUGAGCAACUGGUGGAUCUCCGGAGCGUGACGAGGAUUCAUUCGGCGAGUACUUAUCUGCAAGGGCGAUCUAUGAUCGAGGUACGCGAUGGCUACCCAAGGCAACAACUGCAGCUGGCUAUCCAAAUCGAGCGCACCUCGAAGAACACAGCUAGGGUUAGGGGCAUGGAUCGGACUGUGGCCAUGGCAUGGAAGGCCCUGGUCGCGGCAGUCACCGUGCGGCUCGGCAACAGCUCUUCCCAAGGUGCAAGUGCGAAGAUGUCCGAUCUCCAGCCUGCCGUCGGUUGUCUUCUAUCCAUUAUGACCCCAAAUCCCGACUGA